GGGUGCGGCAUUCCUACAGAAGGAGACUCAGCAUCAAGUCGGCUGCAACUGGGCACUGUGUUGCUCAGAUUUCACUUCCUUCCUCUCCCCCUUUUUAUUUAAGGGCUUCGCCUUUGUCGCAAGAGUGAAUCCAGACCAAAUAACCUGGAAAAUAUUGUAAACGCACACGUGAGUUCUUCAGUUCCCGUUUUUCCUUCUCCUCUCACGCUGGGAGUCACCGGGCAACACUCCACAGGAAGACGCUGGAUAUUUCACCUGAGCCUUUAAAAAACUGCUAGCAUCUGUCAGUUUUGUGCGACGCGCUCAAGUUGAACGUGGUUGGAGGAAGACACAUCUGCAAGCGCAGGGGUGAAGCCAGCUGAGCGGCGGCGCGAUGGCCUCCAGCAGCGGCACCGACGUGAUCCAGGUGACCAACGUGUCCCCCAGCGCCAGCUCCGAGCAGAUGCGGACGCUCUUCGGCUUCCUGGGAAAGAUCGAGGAGCUGCGCCUCUUCCCCCCGGAUGAUUCUCCUUUGCCUGUUUCAUCGCGUGUCUGUUUUGUAAAGUUCCAUGAUCCCGACUCGGCAGUUGUGGCCCAGCAUCUGACAAACACUGUAUUCGUUGACAGAGCGUUGAUAGUCGUACCAUAUGCAGAAGGAGUUAUUCCUGAUGAGACUAAGGCUUUGUCUCUCUUGGCACCAGCUAAUGCUGUGGCAGGUCUGCUGCCUGGGGGUGGACUCCUGCCUACUCCCAACCCACUUUCUCAGAUUGGUGCUGUUCCUUUAGCUGCUUUAGGAGCUCCUGCUCUUGAUCCUGCCCUAGCUGCUCUUGGGCUUCCUGGAGCAAACUUAAACUCCCAGUCUCUUGCAGCAGAUCAGCUACUAAAACUUAUGAGCACAGUGGAUCCAAAGUUGAACCAUGUAGCUGCAGGUCUUGUUUCACCAAGUCUGAAAUCAGAUACCUCCAGUAAAGAAAUAGAAGAAGCAAUGAAAAGAGUACGAGAAGCACAGUCAUUAAUUUCUGCUGCUAUAGAGCCAGAUAAAAAAGAUGAAAAACGAAGGCAUUCAAGGUCAAGAUCACGCUCGAGGAGGAGGAGGACACCUUCUUCAUCUAGACACAGACGGUCAAGAAGCAGAUCAAGGAGAAGGUCCCAUUCAAAAUCAAGAAGCCGGAGGCGAUCUAAAAGUCCAAGGCGAAGAAGGUCUCAUUCCAGAGAGAGAAGCAGAAGAUCUAGGAGCACAUCCAAAACCAGGGAUAAAAAGAAAGAAGAGAAAGAGAAGAAACGUUCUAAAACUCCUCCCAAGAGCUACAGCACAACUAGACGAUCUAGAAGCACAAGCAGAGAAAGAAGACGUAGAAGAAGCAGGAGUGGAACACGGUCACCUAAAAAACCCAGAUCUCCUAAAAGGAAAAUGUCCCGGUCCCCAUCCCCAAGAAGGCAUAAAAAGGAAAAAAAGAAGGAUAAAGACAAAGAGAGAAGUAGAGAUGAGAGGGAACGAUCAACCAGCAAGAAAAAAAAAAGCAAAGACAAAGAGAAGGAUCGAGAACGAAAAUCCGAAAGUGAUAAAGAUGUGAAACAGGUCACAAGGGAUUAUGAUGAAGAAGAACAAGGUUAUGACAGCGAGAAGGAGAAAAAGGAAGAAAAGAAAAUGGCAGAUUCUUCUUCUCCUAAAGUAAAGGAGUCUACAGCAGAUAAAGGAAGUGGAGAUUCAUCAAGGGAAUCCAAAGUAAAUGGGGAUGAUCAUCACGAAGAAGACAUGGAUAUGAGUGACUGAGUUUUGCCUUUGCAGUGAACACAGCUGCAGACGUGCAUCAGUGUCAUUCCUGUGUGAUUCUUUUAUGCUGUACUUGUUAAUCCUAAAUCUAGAUGUAUACAGCUCUAAGCUAUAUAUGGUUUGUAAAGCUCCUGAUACUAACUCCCAUCAAAAGCUUUAUAGAAAGGUAACCAUUCUUGUUCCGGACGAAAGGGAUUGCGUAUCCAAGCAAUCUUUACUAACUUGGUGAUGCUUCAAGCAAAAGCAAAAAGCUGCAUGCAUCUACAGCAGGCAUGGACUGUUUGUUGUAUGACCUCCUUUAGUAAAUCAGCUCACUUAUGAUAGUGUUUCUAGAAUUUGAUUCAUUGCAGUAAUAGAGCAGUAUAGGGAAUGCACUGACUGCAUGUUGAUUGUGGCAGAAACAUCCUAAAUGUUCUAAAAUCUUACAACAUGGUGGAUCUACUUAAGGGUCUUAAGUGUGACUACACAAAAAAUGACAGUACAUCUGAAAAUAAGCAUUCUGACAUAGGUAGGGGUUUUUGUUUUAAGCCAUACGGCUGGGCUUUUUUUGUUCGUUUUGUUUUUUUUCUUUUUCUGGUGGAUUUUUUUGGCUUUGACAAAGUUAAAAUGCACUGACCUUUUUGAGGACUUAUUUUAAUCUGUCAGUUCAAAUCCAUCCCAGGCAGCAAAAAGUGACAAGUUGUAAUGGUUCUUAGCUUUUCGUCUUGGGCCUUGGGAGUGAAAGUCUCUGCUUGAACUGUACCCAGUGAUUAAAGGUUGAUUUGUGCAGUCUUCGUAAUCCAGGUAGUUUUAUUUGUUAAUGAGCUAGACACGUUGCAAAAAGGUAGUGCAUUUUAAAAUUGAUCUUUGUAUGCUUUUAAAAGCAAGUCUACUUGAUAAUGUACUUUCUACUUGAUCUCAAGUUGUAUAAACUAAUAAAUUUGUGUUACUGUCACUGCAGUAGUAAUCUUAUGCACACAGUGAUUCCAUGUUAUAUGCAAAGUAGGUAGGCAAGCUGUUUUCUUAGUUACAGAAGUUCAAGAGCUUUUACUUUUGUGCAGGUAAAAAGACAAAAGUAGGCUACAGUCUGUGCCAUGUUGAUGUACAGUUUCUGAAAUUGUUUUACAAAACUUUGAUAAUAAAACCCGUAAACUUA